ACGCGAGCGCGGGAAGUGCGGUGGGAGUGGGGCGGCAAUUUGUGCCGCUUUUCCUCAGGCCGUCACUUCGCGAUGGGACCUUGCGCCGGUUCCAGCCUCCGGGCCCUGCUGGAAACCCUCGAGGACCCCGGCGCCUCGCCGGGGGUGUUGACAGACGGGCUGCUGACCCUCUCGAAUCGCCUGACUGGAGAAGAAGGAAAAGAAUUUGCAGCUGAAGUUGGAAAACAUUUUUCCCAGCUUUACAAGAUAUUUAAGACACAUAUUCCUACUGAAAAUUCAGAGUUGAGCAACGCAGCUUUAAAAGCUUUAGGAUUCUGUGUGUUUAAUCCAAAGAUUGCUUCUUUACUAUGUGAAACAGAAGUACAUGAACUACUUUCUAUAUUGAAUAGUGUUGCUAUAAAGUCAGGGGACAAAAACACUCGCACAAGAGCACUCUGGGUAAUCUCAAAGCAGUCCUUUCCUCCUAAUAUUGUUGGGAAGUUGGUACCCAGUACUAUUGCUAUGCUAGAAACAGUACUUCAUAAAGGAGAUUUACAUUCCACGGUGGUUGAAUAUGAAGCACUAAAUGUUAUCAUCCGGCUGAUAGAACAGGCUCCAUCCCACAUGGAGGAACAGGCUGUGAAGUGGGCCAAGCUGAUAAUUCCUUUGGUGGUUCACUCAGCUCAUAAAGUACAAUUGAGAAGUGCUACUGCUUUGGAGAUGGGUGUACCACUUCUUCAGAAGCACCAAGAGGUGGCAGUAGUCACUGAAGAACUCAUGACUAUUAAAGUAAUUCCAGAACUCCAAAAGCUAUUUUCUUCAAAACACGAAGCAUAUGUUCUGAAACUGUGGCCCCUGUUUGUAAAGCUGCUUGGUAAAGCACUGCAUCGUAGUGGAAGCUUUAUCAAUUCCUUGCUGCAGUUAGAAGAACUUGGAUUUCGUAGUGGCUCACCACUGGUAAAGAAAAUAGCUUUCAUUGCAUGGAAGAGCCUGAUUGAUAACUUUGCUCUAAAUCCUGAGAUAUUAUGCAGUGCAAAAAGGCUGAAAUUGCUGAUGCAACCACUGAGCUCUAUUCAUGUGAGAACUGAAACUCUGGCACUGACCAAGCUUGAGGUUUGGUGGUAUUUAUUAAUGAGGCUUGGGCCUCAGCUUCCAGCCCACUUUGAAAAGGUUUGUGUACCGUUAAUUCAGAACACUUUAAGCCUAGAUGCCUCUCUUCUACAAGGAAAUUCAUCACGGUUAGCUCCUAAUCAGAGUUUAGCAAUUCCAGGAUCUACACAGAAAUCAGGGGUUCUCCCUUUUGGAAAUGCUGCCAAUCCAAGGAUGUCUCUGGAUUCUAGCACAGGAGGAGCUAUGGCCAUUCCAUCCAUUCAGCUUCUAGGAAUUGAAAUGCUACUUCAUUUCUUUAUUGGACCUGAAGUAUUGACUUUUGCCAAGGAAAACAAUAUUGUACUUAGUUUAGAACCGCUUCAGUACCCAGUAAUCACCAGUCCUUCCUUCUUCUGCAAGCACGCCAAUGUUUUCAUAAAUGCAGCUCAGGAUGGUUUCAUUGCAGUUGGAAAAGAUGCUUCUGAUGUUAUUCUAAUUGCUAUAUGGAAAGAAAUAAUUGGUUUUGUGAAAGCUGCAAUUGAGUCAGGCAACAAAAGAGAGCGGCAGAGUUCAGAAGUACUAACUAUGUUGCUGCAGACUUUAAAAAACAUUAUUUUGUCAAAAGAAUUGCCAGUAUUAAAGUCACUGUCCUUGAUAGAAGUGGCUAUUAAAGAAUUGCCUCCAAAAGUAUUGGGAUCACCAGCCUAUCAGGUUGCUGACAUGGAUCUUCUGAAUGGAACUCCAGCACUGUUCCUGAUUCAGCUUUCAUUCUGUGAAGAUCUUCUGAAAUGUGGAGUUCAAAAUGAAAGGUUUUUUUUUAACUAUGAAUCUCUUGUGGAGUAUGUUUUGUCUGGCCCUACAUCUCCUCUGGCCUUUAGUGAGUCUGUACUCUCAGUUGUUAAUCAAAGUGCCCUGCACUUGGAAAAUAAGGAGCAUCUGUGGCGAAUAUGGAGCAUUGUUGUUAGCCCAUUAACUGAAUGGAUUAAACAGACAAAUGAAGUAAAUCAAGGUGAUGCUUUGGAGCAUAACUUCAGUGCAAUUUACUGUGCAUUGUUGCUACCUGUAAAAUAUAUAUUCUCAUCUUCUGAAUUUCCACAGCCUACCAUGAAAACACUAUUGCGUUCUUGGUCAGAACUGUAUAGAGCAUUUGCCCGUUGUGCGUUACUAGUAGCAACGGCAGAAGAUAACUUAUGUUGUGAUGAACUCUGUGCCAAAAUAUUAUCUGGAUUAGAAGACGAAGCACAUCUUAAUCAAUCCAUGUUGGAUGGACUCUCUCACAUCACAUCAGUCAUGGUUGAAUGCAUCAAUUUUGCACCUUAUGAUAAGAAGUAUCAGCCAACAAAUAGAUCUCCGCAGACACCAGUGGACUGGGCCAAAAGGAAGAAAGAUCCCCUUGGCAAGCUCUCUUCUUUAAUUAAACUUUUGGUAAUAUUGAUAAACUCUCUUCAGAUGCUUGCAUCCAAGGAAUCUGGCUCUGAACAGUUAGCUCCUGUUGGUUCCGUGAUUGUUGGUGUUCUUCAAAAUAUCAUUGGUCACAUCUCUUUGCCUUCUGUCAUCAGAUCUGUCUUUGGAUCUAUUACAAAACCAUUAGCAGCAUUAUAUGAAAAAAUGAAGUCUGCUAAUACAUCUAGAAUGAUUAAUGGACUCAACAACAAGUUUGAAAAGUUACUGGGAGAAAGUAUUACUUGUUUGCAGUCCCACUAUACUGGAUCCUUUAACAGUGAGCUCUUGGAAGAGCUUUCUCCAUUAUUGAACAUAAUGUUUUUGAAUAAGAAUAAGCAGAUAUGCAGCCAAGGUGCUCAGUUUUGGAAUGCAACAUUUGGAAAAGCUGUAACCCUGGAAUACCCCGAAGAAUUAAAAUCUGUUUUAUAUAAAGCAAAACAGAAAUUCAUACUCUUAUUGCCUGGUUUUGAAAGCUGUGAGAUAAUGGAUGAAAGUAAUGUUACAUAUUCUGAUUAUACAGAGAAUUCCCAGUGGGAUGCAAACAUAAGUGGGAUAACAGUAAAACCUAAUGGAAAAAGGGACUCAUUACUGGCUCAAACUAGUGAGCCAGAGGAAAAAAGCAUUAAUUCUCACACUACGCCUGCAAAGAUGAAACUAGAAUUCUCAGCGUCAAAAUCAAAUAGAAAAAACAUGCUUUUGGAAGAAGAAAAUACUGUGGAUUUUGUGUUUAUUCCUCCAGAAACAAAAGAGAGGGUGUUAACAGAGCACCAAAAAGAAGUUCUGAGAACUAAAAGGGUUGAUAUUCCUGUCAUGUACAAUAAUCUGGAUGCAUCUCAAGAUGCUACUCUGUUUUCCCAAGACACUCAGAACCAGGAGGAUUCUUUGGAGAAACCAACUGUAGUUGACAUGAAGGGAGAUCAUGGGAAGAACGAGAACAAAUUAACACCCCAGAAUGGAGAGGCAAUGAGUCAUCAGCUUGUCAUUCCCCAUGAAGUAAUUGGAAAUUACAAAUCAGAUGUUUCUCCAGAGAAAAUUAGUUCUACCACUACUGAACAACUUAAGAACCUUAGGAAACAGAAGAUGGAUCUGAAGAAUGAGGAGUUGAAUGUCUGUGUUCCAGGACAGUCUUCAAUAUUAGAUACUACUUUGAAUGAAAAUCCUUCUAAUUGCAGCAGCAGCAGCAGCUCAGUUUCUAGUGAUAUAAUUUCAGGAACACCACAGCCAGUGAGCAGAAGGCAGUCUUUCAUAACAUUGGAAAAAUUUGAUGGCUUAGAGAACAGACCUUUCAGUCCUUCAACUUUCAAUAAUAAUUCUGUAACAUGUGGGAGUAUUCCUUCGUUAAUCCAAAAGGAAAGCACAGUUGUUUCAGAUGUCUCUUCAAAAGAAAAGUCAAACACGGAGAAUAAAGAUUCUUUGAAACUCAAAACAGAAGAAGCUGUCACUAGGACUAAAAAGACUUGCUUAGAAUUCUUAAAUGCUCUACAGACAUGUGUUAAAGCAAAGAAAAUGAAAGAAGAAAAUAAUACUAAUCCAAAAUUGCAGUCUAAUAGCAUGAUUGGGAUAAAGAAAUCAAGUCUUAGGCAAAAUAAAACUGACUCUUCAGAAGACAAAAACUCAAAACAAAUGCAGUCAGGCCAGGAGGAAAAACUUCAAGUUUCUGACAAGCAUUGGGAGGAUAAGCAUGAAUUAUCUGUGGAGGGGCAAGUAACAGAACAUUUACUAGACAAUCAGCCUCAGGUUCCCAGUGUCAGUGUAACUGGCAGUACAACAAUGGAAAGUAAACCCCUCCUGGACAUUGUUCCAGAGGGAAAUGCAGGGCCAAAUUUAGAGCACAAAGAGAAUACCCCUCCAGAGAUAGAUGUUUAUGAAGAAGCAAUAUCUAAUGUUAACCAAAGUGCAGAGAUUUCGCUUAAUCAGAAAGCAUUAAGACGUUCUUUAAGACGAAAACCAGAAACUGAUGGAACUGUAGAUAGCCAAGACAAAGAAAACAAUCAACAAAAAAAGGACAGGCGAAAAGAUGAUGAAAAGAUUCCGCCAAAGAAGAUGACACAAAAUAGAGAGACGUCUGGGCAAAAAGAAAAGGCUAUACCUGAAAAAACAAUAGAUGCAACAAUAAGUGUGCAUGUAAGCAAUGCUACAGAAAGUAUAAACUCAAAAGAGUGCCACGCUUCAAAGAAUAUCCAGGAACAGUUGAACACAAGUGUUGGGAAAUCUGAAGGCAAUCCUGCAUCUGACAUUGAAGAAUCAGGCCCAGAUACAACUGAUGAGAAACCAAAAGUAUUUCCACGGUAUCAUACAAGAAGAGCUUCACAAGGAUUACUUACCAGUAUAGAAAACUCUGAAUCUGAUAGCUCUGAAACAAGAGAAGAAGGAUCAAAGAGGAAAAAGUCUGGAAAACUGAAAAAAAAUUAUUCCCCUGGGAACCAAAUGAAGGAAGAGCCAGAAAACCAAGAGCUUUGUUCACAAACUACAGUAGAAAUCCAGGCCAUGUCAGUAGGAAAACAUAAAAUACAUUCUGGGGGAGAGAUUGAAGUGGCUUUGAUUUCUAGUAAUACGAAGGAGAUCAGUACAAAGGAAGAAAAAAAUACUCUCCCAUUGAGUGCCUGUUUGGACCUUAAACAAAAUAUAGGCACUAUACAUUGUAGAGCCUCUUCAGAUACAGAGAGAAAGCCUACUAACAGGAUAGAAUCCACUUCAGAACCUAUUUUAGAAAGUAGGCAGGAAACUAGUAUUCUUGACACAAAUUCUGUUGCAUAUAACAACUCAAAUGGUGCUUCAGGAGAUGAUGCUUCUGCUACUGCUAUAAGUGCCUUUCCUUCAUCCAAGAAAUUUCUAGAUGUAUCUGAAUGCCAGCACAAAAGAAGCAAGCGGGCAAGGAGAUCAAGGAGCUGCGACUGCUGUGAUGAAAAGUUAUCUCCCCGAGUGGAAAAGUUGCCCUCUGAACUGAAGAAAGCAAGCACUCCAGAACCAAAGUUAAAAGAACAUAAAAGGAUACUCAGCAAAGUAACAGUGGCCCUGACAUCAAUUCCUACUGCUGAAGAUGUUCAUUUGGCAGAGAGGCUGAGUGCAGAACCUUGUGCAACAAGCACCCCACUGCCUGGCAUUAAGGACUGUGCUGAUCUGAAAGAGGCUAGCAAUGUUACUGAAUCUGUCGAUGGGGUACCAAGAGACAGUGCACCAAACAUCGAACCUGAGAAAUCGGCAUGUGUCCAAAGUGAAAGUGACAAGCCAAUUGCAGGAAUUCUGGAUUCUGUUCCUUUCACUGAAGCAAUUUUAGAGCCAGGUUCAGUGGAUUCUCAACUCAGUGCUCAGGGUCAGCGUUUAGAACCAGACACAGAAUCAGUUGCUACAAUGGAAGGCAGUAAUAAACAGAGUGGUCCGUUGGAAAAUAAAACAGAUGCAGAGAGCAGAAUUAACCCAUCUGAGGGAACACAGGCUAGUGAAAGAGUCGUUCAGAAAACUGUAGAAGAGACUAUUGUAACGUCUGCAACUGUGGUAGCAGAACUGCAAGAAAAUGAGAUGGGUGAGGAAAAGGAUGCAGAAAAUAAUACAGCAGACACACCAAGUGAAUCUCAAGCCUCAGUCUUGUUACAGAAGAAAAGUAAUAACUUGGAUUCUCCACCAAAAUGUAAAGAACUUGAUGCUCUGUCUUUAGCCAAGGUCAGUAGAAGUCCCACUGGAGCACAGGCUCGCUGUGUGUGGUCCCCAUCAGCCUCUCCUUCUACAAGUAUUUUAAAGAGAGGCAUAAAAAGACAACAAGAGGAGGAUUCUCCAUCGCCUGCAAACAAGAACCGAAGAGUCUCCUUUGCCAAUCCCAUCUACCAAGAAGAAUUGGCUGAUGACAUUGACCGGCGAAGUCCUGUAGUUAGAACUCAUCCCUGUAAUGGCACUCAGUCUUUGCGAAGUGCUAAAUUUUCACCUAACCACCAAGCCAAGCUUAUAACCACUCCAACCAAAGGAUCUCUGUCCCCUGGAACUCGUAGCCAUAAAUAUAAGAGCUCAAAGAAGUGUUUAAUCACAGAAAUGGUCAAGGAACCAGUGCCAACACCUACAGAAAGCAUAUACCCUGCCCUGGUGGGCUGUAAAGCAUCUGUCGACACAAUUCUGCCUCAUAUUACUUCUAAUACUUGGGCAAGAGGGCUGGUACAACUGAUUCGAGCAAAGAAUAUCAGGACGGUGGGUGACUUGAGUUCUCUGUCCGCAGCUGACAUCAAAACUCUUCCUAUCCGUUCUCCUAAAGUUUCAAAUGUUAGAAAGGCUCUUAAAAGCUAUCAUGAGCAACAGGUAAAAUCUCGUGGAUUGGAGGAAACUGCUGCCCCAGAUGAUACAGAGAAACCACUCAAUGGCGUGGAUGAGAAACCCUUCUCUGAAAAUGAAGAUGUAAUUAUAGCAGAUGUGUGUGAACCAGAGGCCUCCAGUGCAGAUGAGCCAUCAGCAACAGACCUUCGUGCCCAGAUUAAUCUACUUGCUGACCAAAUUACUCCUGAAAGUCUUCUCAGCUAUUCAGGGAACGAACUCUUUGAAAUGCAAGAGAAGCUUCAUAGCAUGACAAACUGCAUUAUGAGAAAUCUGAAGUCUCGUUGGAAGUCUCCAUCUUGCGAAACCACUGUUUAAUCAGUUACACUUAGUUCUUUAAAGAAUAGAUUUGAUUGCAGGGCAGUUUUUCUAAAAUCCCAAAUUUUAAUUUGAGAUGAACAUUUAGUCUUAUCACAUAUUUUUAAAUAAAAGGGAUUGCUGUAACUUGAAUAGAGCAUUGCUGUAUAAAUCUUAAACUUUUAACUUCUCUGGACUUACAAUUUGAGAUUUUUAUUGCUGCUAUGCACAAUUUCCAAAAUGUGUUAAGAUGUACAGUAAAGACUGUGAAACAUGUCACAAUAUGGAGCAAUAUAUUUUUCAAAUGUUAAGUGUGAUUCUUUGAUGCAUCAUCAAUAUUUAAGGCCUGGGUUUUGUUGCUCUGAAUAAAGUUUGAAGUGUUAAUUAAUUUACCAAAAGUAAUACAAAUCUUCCAGCUGAUACUAGUUUGGAAGAUACUAGUUUUAUAGCUUCUUUACCAUAUUAAAAAAUAUGGUGCUUCAUUAGCAUAUUAAUAAUAUCUCAAACUUUUUCAAUCAGCAAUAGUACAUAGUCUAUUUUUUCAUGAGUCUAUUAUGCAGAAGAAAAAAGUGUGUCAGUAUAUAAUUCCAAUAAGUAUUCUCAGGAUCUGACCACAUGUUCUUAGAAUUUUAUAGACAAUGAAUCUUUUAUUUGCCCCACUCAUAAGUAAAGUGGACAUAAAAAUUAUUUUGUAUAUUAUGUAUAGAUGUACUAAAUGCAGAUGCUAUAAAUUAUGUCCCUGUAUGAAAGGCAGUAUCUAACAUAUGUUUGAAUGGAAGGAACUUUGUAUAGAGCAUAUUGUGCUUUCUAAAAUGGGCAUAGCAAGGGGAUCAAUUUAUGUUUUAGGAAAUAAAUAUAUAUGGAUAAAAUGAUUGUAGUAAUUUGGGAGGAAGAACUGUACUGUGUUAAGAUUCAAAUUUGUUGGCUGUUUGUAUGCAAGAGAAAGUAUUCUAAAACAGCAUUUAAACUAUGAAUUAAUAACUGGUGUGAAAGUGCUGAUUUGUCUAUUGCAGGGAGAGGGGACAAGGGUGAAUCAAUACGUUUGUGCCUUUGAAAAGAUUAAUAGAAAGGGAUUUUAAAACCAAAUUAAUUUAGCAGUUGCAUCUUCUAUGAUUAUAUGGUAAUUUAAUUCCAAUUUAAUUUGUCAGCGUAAAUCAGUAAAGAAUAAUAGGGUAUGAGAGGUCCUCAAGAGAAUAAAAGGCUACCACUAAGCUAGGGAAGCU